AUGCCCAGACAGUGGGCCACGCGCGUCGUCGUCGCCUUCCAGAGUCUGUGUUGGUGCACGGCCAUCCUCCUGCUGCUCACCCGGGGCCUCGCCAACCUGAGGUCCGCCGCGCCCCAGGGUUCCGCCCUCGGCGUCGGCCUCAUCGUCCUCGCCGUGCUCAUGAUCGUCGUCAGCCCCGUCCUCCUGGUCGCCCGAGCCUACGACCGUCGUAACCGCAGAUACGCGAGUGUCGACCAGAUGCCUGACCUGGGCCGUCCCCCAGCCUACGAGGACAUUGUGAGCCGAGCCCCCAGUUACACUUCACUGUUUGACUGUGAGAUUCCUCCGCUGCAGCUGCAAUGUUCAUCUCCUGAGGUCAAGACACAUCCUCAGAUGACACCAGAGUGACAAGCCCUUGUGUCAAGGUCUCCACCACACUACAUCUCCUAAUCCAUAGACAUUUGUACUUCUGUAAUCUUAAUUUUUAUAAUUUAAAAACACACACAAUUGUUUUUCUUUUUUGACCUUAUAAGGAGAAAAAUUAUGGUUGGGUUAAAGACCAAAUGCAUAUAAUAGUGAAGUCCUUGUAAUCUUGCUGCAAACCAAACGUUUACUUAAAUAUUCAAGAAUUAACUGUGAGAUUGGUCUCCAUAGAGCUUAUGUUGCUCCCAAACAAAAUACUAAUCUGAGACUGACAUUGUGCUCCUUACUUCAUUCAACACUAUUCAAGCUGGUUCCCUAUGGUACGA